AUGGCCCGCCCAAUGUACAAGUGCUUUGCGCUGCUGCUCGUCGUCUCGCUGGGGCUCUUCUUUGGCCUGUUCUUCGGGCUGAACUAUCCCGAAAUCGUGCGCCAUGGGUGGCCACUGACCCGCUGCACCGUGCUCAGCUCGAAAAUCGACACGCGUUAUUGCUGCUCGACGAACUGCAAGAGCUCGACGUGUCAGUCGGCGCCGUCAGGCUCGGAGCAAUGUGGGAGCGUGAUUUCGACGGUGCAGAGUGGGUUUAGCCCCGACACGUGUGCGGCGAACUCGUCGGCGUGCCCUACACAGGGCGGGAGUGUCUGCGACGGCGGGUACAAAUGCUGCCACACGUGUUGCUCUACUUGUCAGUCGUGCUCGACCAGCUGCUCCGGCUCUGGCUCGUGUACGCAGUCUUGCACCUCCUACAGCUGCAAUUGCUACUGCUGCUCCUCAACGAGCCAUCUAUACUGCACCCUCUCAUGUCCCGUCUGCUAUACCGUCAACAUGCAGGUCGCCUAUUCCUCUCGUAACGGCGUCGCGCACAACGUGACCUACAAGCAGGACUUCUCCACCGACGUCGGCAAGGCGGACGGGUUCCUCACCUCGCACCAGGCAAACAGCACCGCUUUCUGCUACUACAACCCCAAGGACGAGUCCCAGAUCCUCUACGACGUUUCUUUCACCCGGUGGAAGUGGGCGAUCACCGCCGUAUUCGGCAUGCUUCCGCUCGCCAUCGCGCUCGCCCUGUUUGCGUUUUUCCUGCUCGUGCUCCCAGUCUGGCGGUUGUUGCGCCGUGGCUGGACGGACAUGGCCGACGAGGCAGCCCGCGAGGAGCUGCCGAGACGGACCUGGAGGAAUAGGGGAAUGGACAUCAUUACGUUCAAGGGGCUGCGGAAAGGAGACGAGGCAGCGAAAGACGCGGAGAACGAGAAAUCGGAGAAGAAAGUGGAGGAGGAUGCGCCCCCACCAGCAUACGCACCGAGUACUUCCAACGAGCCGGCUACUACUAGUAGUGGUAUACAAGUGGUGCCGGCGCAAUGA